AUGGAGCUGCUCUGGAUAUCUCUGCUGCUGGGGGCCUUUUGUGUCUCUGCAGUCCUGGACUUGCCAGAGCACAGCAUCAAGGAGAACAUCAACAUCAACCUGUCCCAGCCCUUGCACAUCAUGGAGGAAGGCAACCUGAUGGUGCUGACACCUGCUGGCCUGACUCAGAUGCUCAACCAGACCCGCUUCCUCAUGGUGCUUUUUCACAACUCAUCCUCAAAGCAAUCCAGUAACCUGGCUGAGGAGCUGGGCAAAGCAGUGGAGAUGAUGGGCAAAGGCAAGAAUGGGAUCGGCUUUGGCAAAGUGGACAUCACAGUUGAGAAGGAACUUCGGAAGGAGUUUGACAUUCAGAAAACCCCGGAGUUGAAGCUGUUUUUUGAGAGCAACAGGUUGGAUCCCAUCAGCUGUGAAGGAGUGAUUGAAUCUGCUGCCUUGGUCGUUUGGUUGCGAAGACAAAUUAGCCAGAAAGCAUUUUUGUUCACUGACACCCAGCAAGUGGUAGAAUUUAUGAAAGCCAGGCCCUUGGUUAUUAUUGGCUUCUUCCAGGAUUUAGAGGAAGAAGUAGCAGAGUUGUUCUAUGAUGUGAUCAAAGACUUCCCAGAGCUAACGUUUGGAGUGAUAUCGAUUAGUAAUGCCAUUGGGCGUUUCCAUGUCACCCUUGACAGUGUUCUGGUGUUCAAAAAGGGAAAAAUUGUGAACCGCCAAGAGCUUAUUAAUGACAGUACCAACAAACAUGUUCUCAAUCAAGUCAUAAAACAGCACCUCACAGGUUUUGUUAUUGAAUACAACACUGAGAAUAAGGGUCUGAUUUAUGAACUGCACAUCCUGAAUCACAUGCUGCUUUUUGCCUCCAAAAGCUCCAAGUCAUUUGGUAUGAUAAUGCAGCAUUAUAAAUUGGCAUCUGAGGAAUUCCAAAACAAGAUCCUGUUCAUCCUUGUGGAUGCAGAUGAACCCAGAAACAGACGUAUCUUUGAGUACUUUGGGAUCACGGAGGUCAAUAUCCCAUCUGUCCAAAUCUUAGACUUAAGCUCUGACGCAAGGUACAAAAUGCCUUUUGAGAACAUAACCUUCCAAAACCUCAAGAAAUUUGGCCUCAGCUUCCUGAGUAAAAGUGCCAAGAAACAUCAAUCCAGUGAAGAGAUCCCAAAAUAUUGGGACCAAGGGCCAGUUAAGCAGCUUGUUGGGAAGAAUUUCAACCUCGUUGUCUUUGACAAGGAAAGAGACAUUUUUGUGAUGUUCUAUGCACCCUGGUCCAGCAAGUGCAGGGCACUAUUUCCUGUGUUGGAAGAUUUGGGCAUAAAGUAUCAAAACCACUCCACGGUCACCAUUGCCAAGAUUGACAUCACAGCAAAUGACAUUCAGUUGAAGUAUCUGGAGCGGUACCCCUUCUUCAGGCUCUUCCCUGCCAACUCACAACAAGUGGUAUUCUAUAAAGGAGAAUAUACGAUGGAGGGCUUUUCUAACUUCCUGGAAAGUCAGAUCAAGACCAGGAUUGAGGAUGAAGAUGAGCUAAUGUCUGUUCAGCAAAAUGAAGUGAUAGAAGAGGAGGUGUUAGCUAAGGAAGAGUUACCUGAACAGAAGUUGCCUGAGCUGGAAGAGAUAGCUAGGCAGAAGGAAACAGCUGAGGAGGAGGAGGAGAAGGUGGCUAAGCCAAAGGGACCACCAAGACAAGAGAAGAAAACAGGAAUGAAGGAAGAACUGUAG